GUCAGAACGAAGUAGUCAGUUAUCGCUUGAAUUCAUGAAAGUCAACAAUUAAAGAAUUCAAAAACUAGAGUCAAACAAAGUCACGAAAGUACGUUUGAAGUUGCAUGCCAUUGUUUAAAAUUCUUCAGUGGACUUCCCUCGGAAUUAUCGCUAUACAGACUUUAAUGCCGAGGAGUUAUUAUCAGCGGGUUGUAAAUACGUUUUUUUCUCAAGUGUAUGAAGUGAAUGUUACAAUAAUAUUCUGGAAUUUACUUUAAAUUAUAACGGAAAAGAUUGAAUUAAUGUAAACAAAACUGGUAACCGGUUUGUCGUAAUCAUUCGUUUUCCUCUUCCAAAUGGGUCUACAAGAAUUAAAAAUUAUUUUUGAUAAUCCUAUUUAUUACCCUGGAGAAACUGUCAAAGGAAAACUUUUCAUAUUCUUAGACACUCCACAAAAAUAUAGAGGAAUACGGAUUCAAAUAAAAGGAGUAGCCCAAACUUUUUGGAGGGUAACUAAAAAAGAGACAGAUAAUAGUCUACGCCAUACUGCAAAAAAGAGUACGGAGUCCUUUGCUCAUGAAGAGUAUUUUUCAAGAAGAUUUUACAUAGCUGGAGGGCACGCUGGUGAAACUGAAUUGCCAUCUGGUGAACACGUGCGUCCUUUUGAGUACAAGUUACCUCAAAAUUUACCCAGUAGCUUCGAAUCCGAGUUCGGAUCUAUAAGAUAUACAGCUAAAGCUAUUUUUGGUUUUCCUUGGGGAUUCAAUCAGGAAAUUGAACAUGCCUUCAAAGUUGUGUCUAAUUGCGACCUAAAUAGAGAUCCUAGAGCGAAGAAACCAGUUAUGGUGGAGAAAUGUAAAGCCUUCGGUUGUUAUUGUACUUUGUCAACUAUAACGGCUAAUCUGUCAAUCCCAUUGGGGGGAUACGUGCCAGGGCAAUCAAUUCCAGUAAAUGUCGACCUGGAAAAUAAAUCAGGAAUUAAAAUUUCUAAUGUAAAAUUGACGUUACAUAAGAAUGUGAUCUAUCGAGUGAAAAAACCCCGGGCGGAUGAAAAAACGAAGUCUUUUAUAGAAGCUGAAAUUAGCAAAGGUCCAAUGGAAUAUAAAGGGAUGAUCAGUUAUAAACAAGUUUUGAAAGUUCCAGACCUUCAGCCCUCGACAUUAAACACUUGUGGCAUCAUUACCAUUAAUUAUACACUAAAAUUAGAAGCUGAUGUCAAAAGAUGGUGUUGCCGUCGAAGGAGUUUGAAAAUCAUUACCCCUAUUUUGAUAGGAACCGUUCCUAUAGCCAAUUAUCAGUCUUUAGUGGCCUCUGGACAGCAAAAUGAUCGAAUUAGGCGAAAAGUUAAUUCAGAAGGCUUUUCUCCUGGCGCUGCUGUAUAUUGCACUGCAGCUCCGCCAACCUACCAAGAACCAAUUUUGAGAGCUCGGAAAUACCCGGAAGAAAAUGCAUCUGAAACGAGUCCUCUAAUACCAAAGUGAUACUUAUCUUGAACUUUUUUAUAUAUUUAAACAAUUUAUAUUAUUUUUGAAAGUCAGUUAAGACUGAUUUUGAUGUACUUGAAAAAUUAAAAGAUAUUUUUCACCAAAUUAGUGUAGGGACCUACGUGUGCUGCAAAAAGAGUUUUCACAGAUUGCUGUAAAUAAAAUGCUUUUUUAUAGAACUUGGAA